AUGAUAAGCGAUUUACAAAAUCCAUUAUUAUUAAAAGUAACUGAAAAACUAGACAAAGAAGAACAUGAAUAUAUAAAAGAAAAUUACAGCAAAUGGAAAGAAACAUUAGAUGAUGAAUUUAAAAAGAAAUUAAAAGAUGAUGUUGAGAAAAAAAUAAAUGAAUUAUUAAUUAUUAAAGAAAAGGAAUUGAAAAGAAUAGAAAAAAUAAGAGAACUACUAAAAGAUGAAAUUCCAAAAUUAGUUGAUAUCGAAUUAAAAAAAGAAAAAAAAUAUUCAACUGUUCCAUCUUUAAGAACUAAUAUUGUUAAAGCUGUUGUAUAUAUACAUAAUUAUAAUUAUGAUGAAUUGAAAGUAGAAGAGGAUGAAGCUUUCAGAAAACGUAUUCAAAGAGACACGAUUAAUUUUCUUGAAUAUAUAGAAAAACAUGCAAACUAUAUUAAACAUAUAAUAAACCUAAAUACUAUCAUAACAAAAACAGUGGCAGAUAUUGAUGCAGUUGAUAAUCAUAAAUUAAUUGACGUAACGGAACAUAUGAGAAAGAAAGAAGAAAUACAUAAAAAGGUGAAAUCUGAACUGAAUAAUGUUUUUAAGGACCCAUUGAAUAAAGUAAAUACAGAUUUCCAAGACAUUUUAAAAUAUAAAGCUACUGUUAAUAAGAAAAAAAAUUUAAAUGACGAAAAAAAUAUAUUAGAUUAUAUAAAAGAUAAAUACGAUAGUAUAAUUAAAAUUAAAACAGAAAAUAUUAUAAAUAUUAUAAAAAUUUUGGAAAAAUCAAUGGCUGAUCUUUUAAUAAUUAAUGAUGAUAUUAUAGGAAAGUGCUUAUACUAUCUCAACACAGUUUUAUCACAUUCAUCAGAUCAUUAUGAUAAAUUAUUAUUAGAGCUAAAACAUAGUAUAGAUGAAUAUGAGGAUGAAAUUGAAGAUAUGAAAAUAUACAAAAAUAUUGUUAUGAAGGUUGAACAUGAAUAUUUUUAUAGUUUAUAUGAUGAUGAUGAGUAUUCCUUACCAGUAAAAGAUACUGAAAUGCAAUUGUUACAAUAUGAAGAUAUUAUGACUAAGAUAAAAGAUCAAGUAAGCUAUAAUCUUCGUAUAGUAAAAGAUUAUGUGAAAACAUAUGAAAAUAAUUUUAUAUUUUUCAAUUAA